AUGAUUAUGUACUUUUUUCAGGAGGACCCAAAUGAUAUCGACCCCAAAAGGAAAGACGUGCAUGGCAGUGAUGGGGAGGACAAAGCACAAAGUGUGGAGACGCUACCUCCAGGAAAAGUUCGGUGGCAAGACUUUGAUCAAGAUGCUUAUGUUGGCGCCACCAUGGUGCGAUCUGGUCAGGAUCCAUACGCCCGCAAUAAGUUCAAUCAGGUAGAAAGUGACAAACUGCGAAUGGACCGAAGCAUUCCUGACACUAGACAUGAUCAGUGUCAACGGAAACAAUGGCGGAUAGAUUUGCCAGCCACUAGUGUGGUGAUCACCUUUCAUAAUGAGGCAAGAUCAGCUUUGCUUCGAACUGUUGUCAGUGUCCUUAAAAAAAGCCCAUCACAUCUUAUUAAGGAAAUCAUACUGGUGGAUGACUACAGUAAUGAUCCUGAGGAUGGUGCUCUCUUGGGAAAAAUUGAAAAAGUGCGGGUUCUUCGAAAUGACCGCCGAGAAGGCUUGAUGCGCUCCCGUGUCAGAGGGGCAGAUGCAGCACAAGCGAAAGUACUGACCUUCCUGGAUAGUCACUGUGAAUGCAACGAACACUGGCUGGAACCACUUUUGGAAAGAGUAGCUGAGGACAAGACCAGAGUUGUGUCUCCUAUUAUUGAUGUAAUUAAUAUGGACAACUUCCAGUACGUGGGGGCGUCAGCUGAUUUAAAAGGCGGCUUUGAUUGGAACCUGGUGUUCAAGUGGGAUUACAUGACACCAGAGCAAAGAAGAGCACGGCAGGGAAAUCCAGUUGCUCCCAUAAAGACACCCAUGAUAGCUGGUGGGUUAUUUGUGAUGGACAAGUCCUACUUUGAAGAACUAGGGAAGUAUGACAUGAUGAUGGAUGUUUGGGGUGGAGAAAACUUAGAGAUCUCAUUCAGAGUUUGGCAAUGUGGUGGGAGCCUAGAAAUCAUCCCUUGCAGCAGAGUGGGUCACGUAUUCCGCAAACAGCAUCCUUACACGUUUCCCGGUGGGAGUGGUACCGUAUUUGCAAGAAAUACACGCAGGGCAGCAGAAGUCUGGAUGGAUGAGUAUAAGAAUUUCUAUUACGCAGCAGUGCCUUCAGCCAGGAAUGUACCUUAUGGCAAUAUUCAAAGCCGAAUGGAACUCAGAAAGAGACUUAGCUGCAAACCCUUCAAGUGGUAUCUUGAAAAUGUUUAUCCUGAGUUACGGGUACCUGAUCAUCAAGAUAUAGCUUUUGGGGCUUUGCAGCAGGGUACCAAUUGCCUUGACACUUUGGGCCAUUUUGCAGAUGGUGUUGUCGGAGUUUAUGAAUGUCAUAAUGCCGGGGGAAACCAG